CGGCGCAGAAACAAAUAAAAACUUGGGAGGCUGCCGCUGGUGACAAGACGCGAACUUCAGUCUCAAGCCACCUACUGCUCCUCCUGCUCUCUGCCCGACUCCUCCACUGCGAAGCUCUCCGGAACCUCAGCUCACGCCUGGGAGCAAGAGCCCGCUAGCACACCUGCCCUCCCCGCCAGGACGCGCCCAGCCCCCUCUACGUUUCCAGGUCCCGCUCCCUGCAGCCUUCACUCCUCAAGCCAGCCCUAGCUUGUGCCAGGAACGGUGGGCAUCAAGAUGAAGGCGGCACGCUUCGUGAUGCGCAGCGCGGGGUCCCUGGUCCCUCGAGAGGUUGAGCAUUUCUCGCGUUACAGCCCGUCCCCACUGUCCAUGAAGCAGCUGCUGGAUUUCGGUUCAGAUAAUGCAUGUGAAAGAACCUCUUUUGCUUUUUUGCGACAAGAGCUGCCUGUGAGGCUAGCCAAUAUACUGAAGGAAAUUUAUAUCCUCCCUGAUCGAUUAGUAAACACCUCUUCAGUACAAUUAGUUAAAAGCUGGUAUAUCCAGAGCCUGAUGGAGUUGGUGGAAUUCCAUGAGAAAAGCCCAGAGGACCAGAAAGCAUUGUCAGAUUUUGUAGAUACCCUCAUCAAAGUUCGAAAUAGACACCAUAAUGUAGUUCCUACAAUGGCACAAGGAAUCCUAGAGUACAAAGAUGCCUGUACAGUUGACCCAGUCACCAAUCAAAAUCUUCAGUAUUUUCUGGAUCGAUUUUACAUGAACCGUAUUUCUAUCCGGAUGCUGAUGAACCAGCACAUCCUUAUAUUCAGUGACUUACAGACAGGAAACCCAACCCACAUUGGAAGCAUCGAUCCAAACUGUGAUGUGGCAGCAGUGGUCCAAGAUGCCUUUGAUUGUUCAAAGAUGCUUUGUGAUCAGUAUUACUUGACAUCUCCAGAAUUAAAGCUCACACAAGUGAAUGGAAAAUUUCCAGGCCAACCAAUUCAUAUUGUAUACGUUCCUUCUCACCUUCAUCAUAUGCUCUUUGAACUAUUCAAGAAUGCAAUGAGGGCCACAGUUGAACACCAGGAAAACUGGCCUUCCCUGACACCAGUGGAGGUGAUUGUUGUCUUGGGAAAAGAAGAUCUUACAAUUAAGAUUUCAGACAGAGGAGGUGGUGUUCCCCUGAGGAUUAUUGACCGUCUCUUUAGUUAUACGUACUCCACUGCACCAACGCCUGUGGUGGAUAAUUCCCGGAACGCUCCUUUGGCUGGUUUCGGUUACGGCUUGCCGAUUUCUCGUCUCUAUGCCAAGUAUUUCCAAGGAGAUCUAAAUCUCUACUCUUUGCCAGGAUAUGGAACGGAUGCUAUCAUCUACUUAAAGGCUUUAUCUUCUGAAUCUGUUGAAAAACUCCCAGUCUUUAACAAAUCAGCCUUCAAACAUUAUCAGACAAGCAGUGAGGCUGACGACUGGUGUAUCCCAAGCAAGGAACCAAAGAACCUGGCGAAGGAAAAAGUGGCUGUGUGAAGAGGGACCCUCAGGACUCUAAGGGAUCAAAGUGGGUCUGUGCCAGUUCUGUUUCCUGAAUGUUUGCAUGUGAACUCUUGUUUCCUCAAAAACAAACAGCAACGAAAACUCCUUGAUCAGAACACUGGUGCAAAGAGGCACACAGCUCGUUUCUGUGACCCAGGCGAGCGUAGUGCAGGACUACAGGAGUUAGUGGCUGGCCAGCCAUUUAUUCUGUUAACUUAGAAUAACACAUGAGUUUAUAUCAAAUCCUGAAGAAGAAACAAACAAGCCUCAGUUCUCCAACUCUUCAUCAACAAGGAUGGGAAAGAGUGAGAAGCGAAGACGUUGGCUAGAAGUUUCAACAGACUGACAUUUUAGGCCUCUGGUGAUGUCGUAAGAUUUUGGUAUUUAUGGAUUAUCAAGUGUCAGUAUGCCAGUAGUUUCCUGCCACGCGAAGGAUUAGGGCUUAGUUUAUACUAUAUGACUAGAAAUGUAAUAAACACAUAUUUCAUAUAUACCUAUGCACUCUAGAGAUGAAAAGCUGGUGACUGAAAUAACAUUCACUUUGAAUGAGAAGGAAUGAGUCAACACAUUUUACUCAAAGUGACAGCCAAGGCAUUGGGCAUAUGUAAAAACUCAGAAGAAAGCCCCUUCUGAUAGAUACAGUGCCUUUAUUAUGCUGCUUUUCGUGCUCAUACCUCGCAUUAUCAGUGAACACUUAUUGACAGGUGCCUAGUCUUGGUUGAAUUUUUAAAUAUGCACUAAAUUCAGGAUGUUGGUUGUUGGAGGAAGAGAAGAAUUGCCAAAGUAAUAGCAAAUCGCUCACCUUGCUUUGACUAUAAAUGAAACAGAAGUAGAUUGGGAAAACCAGUGUUAGGGAAAGAAAUCAUGCAUUCAGAACCUAACUCCGUAGAACAGGCUGUUCUCUACUUUGCAGUGGUGGUAAUCCAAAGAAAGGCAUCUAUUUUCUAGGCUUAAAGAGAUGUAUUUUUGAUGUAUUUAAUUAUGUUCUCUACACUCCACCAUUAAUAUAUCUGUUAAAAAUUCAUAAUUAACAAAUGGCUCAAGAACAUCAGAAUUUAAACACUUCUUGGAGUAUUUUUAAUAAAAUAGCCUGGGAGUAAGAGGUUUUCAUGCCACCAAUGCGUUCAUUUGUGAAUCAUUGAGAUUGAGAGCUAAUGCAUGAAAGCUGUAAUGCACAUGGAACUUCUGGGAGUUCAGGUAUAAUAUGCAGGUUGAUGGGCAGUCCAGCACAUUCCUCUUAGAGAAGGAAUGAAAAAGGGACAGAAGGAAGGAAGGAAAGGAAGUGAAGGAAGGAGGGAGGGAAGCAGAAGGCAAGCAUCUUGCUAUAUUCCUCAAUUAUUUCAAGAAAUGAUCCAUAUUUUCAUGGAUAAAUUAUUGGCAAGAGGAUGAAUUGGUGUCUUUCAAAACAGUAUGCUUCUUUAAAUGGUUCUCUCACUCUUGCAAGAUAAUGAGCUUUGAUGAGAUAAUAAACUCUUCUGUGUCAAGUUGAUGUUUUAAGCCGGGUUAUAGAAAAAAACUAGCAUUUUCCACUUUGUAAAAUAAUCAGUACUGUCUAUAUGUUGAAUUUAACAUUUGUGUUUAAUUUUCUCAUGGCCUAUUGUUGUGGGGCUUCUGGUAGUGGCCACAGAAGCCUCAAACUAUUUGUUGUGGAUUUUAGAUUUUGUCAUCAGACGUCCCAGUAGUGACGUUUCUUGAUCUUUGGACUCUGGCUUGUGCCCUUACUGAUUACUCAAAACUAUUUGCAAUGUGUUAUUUGACUUUUCAGUUUUUACUGAAAUUUAAACAUAUUAGCAUGUAAAUACUUACAUUUACCAAAAAUAUUAUUAAUAAUUAACCCAAACACUGUGAACUAUCUUUAAAUCACUAGAGAAAAAGAAAUAUUGGUAACUCAUGAACGUCAGCUGUAUAAAUGGAGUUCUAUAAAAUAGACAGCCCACGUUGGUAUUUGUGAAAUUUAUGGAACUGCUUUAGGAUUCUAGUGGAUGGAAACUGAAUGUUCAGGCCCACAUAAAUUAUUAAUGUAUAAACUGUGUUUUUGUCUCUAGGCUAUGUAUAGAGAAAUGUGAUAAUUUUUACAAUAAAUAUUUUUAUUAUUAUUGUA